AUGAACCCCAUCCCCACCGUCCCCGCGCCCACAUCCACAUCCACAUCUACAUCCAAACCGGCCUCAGCGUCAAAACCAACUAAACUCCCCGCGCGGCGCGUCGUCUCGACUGACUCCAGCGCUCUCACCGGCACAGGCACAAGCAAAGACGCGCGCGCACCCGCACCGAGUCGGCAUCGAUCUCCUCCUCCGCCUCAACGUGGGUCUUUUGGGCCUGACGAGGAGAAUGAAGAUGAGGGGGAGGGGGGUGGUGAGACGCACUCCCACACGCACUCGGAAGAAGACAGGGACGACGAAGAGGGUGAGGGAGAGGAGGACCCGGAGAAAGCGAAGCUGCGUGAAGAGCCAGACCAUUCGACUGCUAGCGAGGGUGCAGGCGCGGGUGGAACGGUUUUGAGUGCCGGCGCGGGGAGAGAGCCGCUUAGGGGUACGGGGACGGGGCCUGUGGGCGCUGAUGUCUCUGCUGGCGGUGCUGGUGCUGGUGCUGCUUCCGGAGGAGGGGGGAAGAAGAAGAAGAAGAGUAAGAAGGGGAAGGGCGGGAAAGGUGCUUCUGCUUCUGCUUCUGCUCCUGCUCCUACUGCAUCUGCGGCGGACCAGGCGCCUGCGUCUGUAGCUACGCCGUCACCCGCACCCGAGUCCAAAGAGAAGGAUAAAGAGAAGGAGAAAAAGGGUAGUGGUGGUGGAGGAGGAGGCGGGGUGGGAUGGAUGGGCGGGAUCGCGCAGAGCGUUGGGAACGCUAUCAAAGGUACCACUGGGACCGGUGGAAGUGGUGCAAAGACACCGCAGGGCAAGGUCGCUGCGUAA